UGGCUACGGGAUAAGUGGAGCUCGUUUAUCGCAAAUUUGACAGUGGUAGUUAAAUGGUGAGUUUUCCCUCCAAGCUGCCAGUCUGAGGAAGCAGAUGAGACGGUGCUCUGCUCACCUCCGGUGUUUCUGACUCUCCUGUGCUCGUCUCCUCGUGGUUUACGGUCGCCUGUCUGCUCAUCUCAGCCCUAAAUCUUCUGCGUGAAACAGGACAAAAGGAGAGGAGGAUUUUCUCCUCUUCCCUCUCUGCUCUCACCUUCACUCUCACCGUUUUCAUCGCUGCUCUGGGCCUGUGAGAUUAUCUUCUCCACUUCAUCUCCAUCCAUCCCUCCAGCUUUUAUACCCACCACCACCACCACCACCAGCAGCAGCAGCAGCAGCAGCAGCUCCCCUGUCUUUGCCCUUUUCCCCUCCUUGUCUCUGUCCCCUCGCUGUGGAACUAAGUCUUCAUCCUGACACCCCUGGAGUCCCUGCAGAUGUCCGCAGCCUGGCGCUGAAGCGGGCGCUUGCCAGCUGCCCAGAUGCAUUUGCGACUCUUUGCCAUUGUGAUAUCCUUGCUGUGUGAGGUGAUCAGGAUGGGAUCUGGUGUCAUGCAGAAGCAAAGUGCUCACAGAGAGACAUCAGAGGACUGUCGGGGCUGUCUGGAGUGUUCCCGCGACAACGGCUGCGUGCGUUGCCCCGAGCGACUCUUCCUGUUCCUGCAGAGGGAGGGGAUGUCUCACCAUGGGACAUGUCUCCACGCCUGCCCCGCCGGACACUACGGACAGAGAGGGAAGGACAUCAACCGCUGCAUGAAGUGCCGCUCCGUGGACUGCGAGCACUGUUUCAGCCGCGACUUCUGCACCAAGUGUAAACCCGGCUUUCACCUGUACAAAGGCAAGUGUCUGACCAGCUGCCCAGAGGGAACCCUCCCCCACAACACAGACUGCCUGGAGGACUGUCUCUUGGCUCCGGCGGCAGAGUGGAGCGAGUGGAGCUCCUGCCUCCGCGACGGCGUCACCUGCGGCUUCAGGUGGGGCAAGCAGACCAGGACCCGGGGCGGCAGCAGGACGCCUGAGGAGAAGGCGGCGUCGCUUUGCCCGUCCCACAGCGAGACGCAGAGGUGCAGGUUGAGGAAGAAGUGUCCCACAGAAAGAAGACAGAGUAAAAAAGGAGGACUUGGAAGAAAGAGAGAGAGAGAGCGACUACGGCUGCUCACCAGCGGGGAUGCUGGCAACUCGCCGAAUGCAACAACAGACGCCGGCGGAGAGCACGGAGAUGCCUGAGGUCGAGAUGCACGCACCCAGACCAGACAGCUCACCAGGACAGCUGACCCAUGCUGGGAGAAUCCGUCAGCUGAUAUCAGUGGGGGAGUCAUCAUCUGCAACCAAACCAUUGUUUGUUAAUGUUUCCAAUCAGCGUGCACAGGACUGAGUUACAAAACACUGCCAUCCACCAGAUCGUUGUUUACUGGAAACUCACCAUGAACAAACAACUAGAUAUUAUGACUAAGAAAUUCUUACAUUGUAAUGAGUGUGACCUUAACGAGUUUCCAAGGAUCUGUGGCAACAUGGUGGUAACCAGUAAACAACCAUUCCUUAAUGGGUAAAUCCAGCAUUUAUCUGGAGUCACAACAAUAUGCUCCCAAGUGUUUAUAUUUAUAUUUCUCCUGUGUUUUAUUUGAAAUGUUGAUCCAUAAGAAGAUAUAUUUGUGGUUUUAAGAACCAAAACCAUCUCAGUGUAGUUUUACAUCUCCUCUUUCAGGCUUCUCUCUGGAGCCCUAGUAACAACAGAUCGGUGAGCCAAUCAGAUGAGAGCAGGCUCUGAGCCUCUCGUCUGAUUGGCUGACUGUUUUCUGAGUGAUCCAAUAAAAAUAAAGCAGAUUUCAGGUAAAAACACUCAGAGAAACCAAAUCUUGCAAGGUUUGGAUGGUGGGUCCAGGUGGGCGGGGCUUGGUAACUGCUUUGUUGUGACAUCACAAAGUUCCAGAAGUCCUGACGGCUCAUUUUAAGCAAGCUCCAAUUUCCAGGGCUGAAAAUGAAGACAACACUGAAGAACCAAAAGCUGCAGUUCCUAUAACGACCACUAGAGUCUGGGUCCAACAGUGAGUCAGUCCUAAAAGACUCCCAUGUUAAAAUGUCCAACUUUACAGCAGAAAUAAACAUGUUUACAGCCUGGUACAAAAACAGUUUUGGUCUCGAGAGCUAAUUCCCUCCGUCAUGACACCUGUUUAUAUAACUCAGCUGUUUAUUUUAUUAAGUUAUGGAGAAUAGAGGGUGUAGCCUCUUUGAGUGACAGGUGGUUGAGUGUAUGGUUGCCACAAACCAGCAUGCACCGAAGUCUCAGCUCCACAUGUGCCCCUCCUCUUCGUCCAUUUUUGGAUUAGCUGGGAGUUAGGGGCAGAGUCAGGCACUGCCAAGAUGGCGACAGUGGAGCAGCUCACUCCAAGCUUCAGAAACCUGUGGGUGACGUCACAGAGGCUACGUCCAUCUUCAUUUAAAGUCUAUGACAUAAACCUGCUUUAUAAUGAAAAAUUAAAGAAAACCUUUAUACAAAACCUUUAAUCUGCGAAUGUCUCUUUCUGGUUCACGUUCAGAAAAGAUGAAAGUUAAAUUUGUGUGUUCACAAACAAGUUGUGGUUCCACCAUUUUGGUUUUUUUUUCAAAUUCUCCUAAAUUGAUGAUCUGAGAUUCUCUCAUCUUCAACCUGAUUGGUUAAACCCUUCAAUCUACUUUUGAAUGACACGUACGCUUCAGUAAAUGCGGGGAGUCCUGAACUGUGUGGAAUCACCUGCAGGUGAUUAAGGCGGUAAAAUAAUAUGAAUUCAAGGAUGUAUAAUUCAAGUGUAAUAACAGAUUAUAGUUAAGUUGACACUACGACUGAUUUCCCCUUUUAUAAAAAGUAUUUUUUUUCCAGAAUGAUGGCGUCUGAAUCAUCUCAUUGUCGUGGAUGUCAAUUUUCCAAGAUGGCUGUCUUUACAGAUGUUGUACAGACAAAUAUCGUCUAUUGUGUUUCACAAAAGUUUAUUUUGUAUUUGUGAGAAAAAAGAAACAAGAGUUUAAGAGAGUUUAAUUUCACACUUUGCCUUUAAAUCACAGUGUAAGUACUUUUCAGAAUAAAAGUGCUGGGACGACGUAUGAAUGAAAUGUUGUAUUUACUAAUUCGCCUGCUUGUCUGUUUACUGCUUCCUUCGAUCAUAUACAGUGAAAUAUUUAUCACUAGUUCUAAGACGAAAUGGGAUUUUAUUCCACAACAUGAAUGUAUGUUUCAGUAAAUGUAUAUAUUGAUGCUGCCGCCGUGCUACAGUGUGUUUACAUAUGACUGCAGAUCUGUAACUGCAGUUCAGUACAGAGGUGUGAGUGAGCCUGAUUUCUCUGUGCGGAGACGUCC